AUGCUGCUUGCUCCGGGGAAAACGUCAAACGUUGGUGAGGAUGAGAAGUCUCCGAUAAGGUUGUACGGACUUGCAGCACAGCUGCCAAACACAAAGCUAUCCAACGGCCUUCAGCACGACGUAAUCCUCCCAAUGCUGGCCCCGCUGAGCACCCUUGUGUCUUUGUGGCCCAGACGGGGCGCCGGGCCGGUCUUGUCUACAGGACAAGGUGCAGGUUGGGACACUGCAACCACAGUUCUGAAUGCUGGCCCCAACAUGUCACCAACGCCUAGUCUUGCAGCGGGGUGCGAGAGCCGGGACUCGCUCUUGUGGCGAGGAGCAGGUUCGCCCUCUAGCAGUUUCUGCACUAUAUGGUACGGCUCCACGACACGGCUGGGCACAGACUUUCUGAUGAGCGAUAUGUUGGCGCUUGACAAAAUUCGGAACUUCCAGAAAGUCCGCAAAGUGUGGACGCGUUUCUAUGGUGAGCAGGAUGCGGCCAAUUGGGCACAAACUUCCACGGCGCUGCUUCUAGACCCUACGGAUUUCAGCAACAACCUGUUGGCCAGGGAGCGGUGGCCUUUCUUUGAGAAGCUGGCCGUGUAUGCAAAUCACACCCUCGACCGUUUGCAUCAUCUUGAGCGGGGAGUUCCUGAUGUGUUGAUUGGUUUGUUUCGCCCACAGCCAGACAUCUGGGUGCAGAUGCCCUUCGUGCCUCGGAAGGGCUCUUUUCUCCUCGGCGGGGAAGGGCAGAACGUAGAAGAGGCGCAGCCGCGAGCUGAACUGCACAGGCCUGUUUGUCCACUACAUGACAUGGACAUCAUUGCGCACAUGCUGCAUGGCAUGCUGGUGGCCAGGCGCUUUGCCCUUUUGGAGGCAGGCAAAGGCGCUGCAAAUAUCAGCAGCGAUGAGCUUCAAAAGAUGAUCUUCGCCGAUGCUCUGCACGAACUAGAGCAAUGCGUGAACACGGCGUAUGGCACUACAACCUGGAGCCCCUCCUCGGAGUCUUAA